UUUUUUUGCUAGUUCUUGGUUUACCACACAAGCCACGGGGGAUUCCUGAAACUGCAUUUUUCUCCCUGUGACGUGAGCAUGGGAUUUUUAACUCUGUCACUCCGGAGGAAUGCUGUUAGAUUCUGACUAUUUGGGUGCUUGUUGAAAACCCAGAACUUAAAACGGAAGACUAUCUGAUCAUUUCACUUGCCCGGUCACUGAGAUGUUUGUUUCAUAUACUCGUGAUAUAGAUGGUCAAAUUAUGCUUUGUUCUCCAUUUUAUUUUCCCUAUUUUGAAUAGUGGACCAGCUAUUCAUUUUCUGACUUUGUGAAUAUUGUGCUCAAUUACUAUGUAAGAGCUUGUUACAUAGUUGUGGCUGGGAAUGGAACCUGAGCUCAUAGUAAAUUUUAAACUGCAGUCUGGAGUUUUAAGUUGAGCCCCAUAUGGGGGUUGGCAGGCAGCAAAGAGGACCUUUCCAAGGCGUUCGAGUGAAGAACUCGGUGAAGGAGCUCCUGUUGCAUAUCCGAAGUCACAAGCAGAAGACUUCCAGCCUAUCUGUGGAUGAGUUUAAGGCACAGAGCGUGAACAUUGAGCACCUCACAGAAGUGAAGAGCGCAGUGUCCGCCGUGGGGAAAAGAAAGGGGGCCGAUCCUCUGUCUGAUGGACCAGUUUGCAAAAGGCCGGCUCUGUUGUCUACGCAUUUUGUGACAUCACCUCAAACGCCUACACCUGGGGAGAGCAUGGAAGAUGUUCGUCGAAAUGAAUCCAAACUGGAUAGCAGUGCCGAUCUGCUUCAGAACAUUAUAAACAUCAAGAAUGAGUGUAGCCCAGUUUCACUAAACACCGUCCAGGUUAGCUGGAUGAGCCCUGCGGUACCACAGAACUCCCCCAGAGACCAGUGCCAGGAUUUCCAUGGAGGACCAGUCUUCUCUCCACCUCAGAAAUACCAACCAUUCCAAGCCAGUGGCUCUCCACAAAUGAUGGACCAGGCUUCUAUGUACCAGUAUUCUCCACAAACCCAGAACAUGCAGCAACAGCAGCAGCAGCAGCAGCAGCAGCAGCAGCAGAACUAUCCACACAGUCCGGCUCUGCAGUUCAGUUCUUACUCCAGAACAUCUCAGUCUCCCAAGUACGAAUCAAACCUCUUUGAUAGUCAAGACCCACAGUUCUGCACGAGCCAGAGUUUUGUGUCUCUUCUGAGUGGCCACGGGGAACCUGAGAAUAUUGCCUCUCCCAUUCAGGUUUCCCCCAGCAUCCCGCAGCAAAACGAGACUCACCUGCAGAACUUCAGCCUGAUGCCAAACAAUGCCUGCGAGGCAGUUGGGGUGCAUGAUGCUGGCUCGCCCUCUUUGGGUACUUCCCUGUCCCUCCAGAGCAUCAUGGGAAGCCCAGUGAACACUACACAGUUAGGGAAGUCAUUUUUUCAGUGGCAGGUAGAGCAGGAAGAAAGCAAACUGGCAAAUAUUUCUCAAGACCAGUUUCUCUAUAAGGACUCAGACGGUGACACGUUUCUCCACAUCGCUGUCGCCCAAGGGAGACGGGCACUCUCCUAUGUUCUUGCAAGAAAGAUGAACGCGCUUCACAUGCUGGACGUUAAAGAGCACAAUGGACAGAGUGCCUUUCAGGUGGCCGUAGCUGCCAAUCAGCACCUCAUUGUGCAAGAUCUGGUGAACCUUGGUGCCCAGGUGAACACCACAGACUGCUGGGGAAGAACCCCUCUGCAUGUCUGUGCAGAGAAGGGCCACUCCCAGGUGCUCCAGGCAAUCCAGAAGGGAGCAGUGAGGAGCAAUCAGUUUGUGGAUCUUGAGGCAACUAACUAUGAUGGCCUGACUCCCCUGCACUGUGCGGUCUUGGCUCAUAACAGCGUGGUGCACGAACUUCAGAGGAAUCAACAGCCCCAUUCACCCGAAGUGCAGGACCUUUUACUGAAGAAUAAGAGCCUGGUUGACACCAUUAAGUGUCUGAUUCAGAUGGGAGCCGCAGUGGAGGCAAAGGAUCGUAAAAGCGGCCGCACAGCCCUGCAUUUGGCAGCAGAAGAAGCCAAUCUGGAACUCAUUCGCCUCUUUUUGGAGUUGCCCAGUUGCCUGUCUUUUGUGAAUGCGAAGGCUUACAAUGGCAACACUGCUCUCCACGUUGCUGCCAGCCUGCAGUAUCGGGUGACACAGUUGGAUGCAGUCCGUCUGCUGAUGAGGAAGGGAGCAGACCCGAGCACUCGGAACUUGGAGAAUGAGCAGCCGGUGCAUUUAGUUCCUGAUGGCCCUGUGGGAGAACAGAUCCGACGUAUCCUGAAGGGGAAGUCCAUUCAGCAGCGAGCACCACCAUACUAGCUCCCUUGGCUUGGAGCCUGGCCAGCAACACUCACUGUCAGUUAGGCAGUCCUGAUGUAUCUGUACAUAGACCAUUUGCCCUGUAUUGGCAAAUGUAAGUUGUUUCUAUGAAACAAGCACAUUUAGUUCACUAUUAUAUAGUGGAUUAUAUUAAAAGAAAAGAAGACAAAUAUUUAAUUUUCUUGGCAGAUUUGCAUAUUUUAUACCCAGGUAUCUGGGAUCUAUACAUCUGAACUUGAUCUGAAUGGUAAAAUUGCCUUCAAUAAAUAGUAGGCUUGGGGUAGGAAAAGACUCAUGGGAAAAGACUUGAUUUGUGGCAUAAAGCAUUGCUCAUGUGGCUAUUGCCAGAUUCAAAUUAGGUGGAAAAGAAACAUGAAAGCUUUUGAAAGGGAACAAAAAAAAUUGGACGUCCUGUUGAUACGUCUUUGGUCUGAUGCAGGGUCUGUUGGUUAAUACUCUCUCACUCUUGCACUAGAGGAGAGAGGCCUCUGGUUAGCAUGUGGUCUUUGAAGCUGUAUAUAAUUGUUAUUUUUUACCUUUAAAAUGUUGUACAUAUGUGAUUGUUAACAUGGACAUUUGAAACAUGCAAAUCCAUAAAACAGACAAGAGCAUACUCAAAGCAACUUCUAUUGUGUGAUCACCCAACUGUAGUUUUCACAGAUGAAGCACAUGAGAGUGGGUUCCAAAGUUGCUAUGUUUGCUUUGCAAAUGGGCUUCUCAUGCAUUGGAAAGAGAUACACUUGUAGGUUAUUGUAUGUUCUUGAAGAGACCCUUUUUAUGAAUCACCUCUUAGAAUUCGUGAUUUAUGUAAGUUGUUGAAGUUCUUGUUUGUCCUUAAUAGAAAUUACGAAAAUUCAGCACUGAAGCAGAGCUUGUUUUCUGUUUUCAAAUAGUAAUAAUGUGUUGUGAUGUUUAUACUAUUCAUACAAAUGUUUUAUUUUUUAGUAAUGUUAAUUCUUUAACAUUAUUUUGCUUACAUUUGAUAUACCUGGGAAGAAUAUAUUAGCUUUGAUUCCUUUUUGAUAAAUAUGACCCUUUAAAAUGAUGUCUUUUAAUUGACUGUCUUUGUAGCUAAGUACUCAUGUUCUUAUUAAAAGAAUGGCCUUUGAAUUGGAUUGUUCAUAUUGUUUGAUUCAUCAUAUCUAAUGGGUAGAAAUUUGAUUCCGUCACUUGGCAUCUCUAUUGUAUGAACUCAGUCCACCCACUGACAAAACUCAUGCAUAGUUUUAAAUGAAUAUUAAUAAACUCAUGUUGUCUUAUAA